UGCGUCAGCCUCACUCUUCGCACGUGCUCUUAUGCAGAGCGACACUCCAAGAGGCCCGAGAGGCCGAGGGCCUCUCCUAAGGCUCUUUAGAGGGAACCUUCUAAAAGCCGUGACGUUCGCUCCUGUCUAGGCACGGGAAUUGUGCAAGAUCGUGACACUGUGCUAUCUAGCUAUUUUGCCAGCCGCUUCAUAUACUAUCUUUCACAUGCGAUGGACGAUUAUCUUGAAUUUCUCGGUCAAUCCCUCGUUCCACGUCCAGGCACCGUUGUUUGUCAACCCCCUUCCCAUAACUCUUAUGGUUUAUUCGAUGACUUCGAAGGCUUUCCAUUCAGUAGUUCACAAGAAUCAUCAGGCUCGGGUUUCGAUUCUAGCACAACCGAAUCCUUGUGGCUUGAGAGCGACUCAGCAUUUAGGGAUGCGACUCUUGGUUCCGCGCCCAUUAGCUCCAUUGAUACCGUGACCGACCGACCCUUUGAUGCAAGAGAUGUAUCAUGGCAGCAACAUGUAGAGGUUCCAAUGGGACGUCCAGACAUGCCUAUGAAUUCCUUCUCGCGUCAUCCCAACGGUGUUUUAUACACGGCACUGAAACAACCCCCCGAGUUCCAAUCUAGCCUGACGGAUGGGUUCGAUUUAUCAUUCGAAACGUCCUCAGAUCUCCACCUUGACCUGGGCGCUUCCAAACACCCAAUUUCAUUCCACGCGAAAAUUUCCACUAUGCAGCCUACCGCUGAAGCUACAUCGGCAGUCCUUAUAGCGGACAAUCAAGCGAUUGACCCUUCAACCCAUACCGGCCCGUUUCAUUGCACGGAAAUAGAAUGUGGAGCCAUUUUUCCUCGCCACAAGUCUUUCCUGCAACAUCUCAAGACGCAUCAAAAGCCGUACAAAUGCGCGCAUGAGACAUGCCCAUGGGCCUUUCGGCUCCGAAAAGACCUCAUACGUCACCAGAAGACUCACAGUAUCUCCUCCGCCCCAGGAAUGCAAAUACGCCUUGGUACUUUCUUCUACUGCCGCCAUGCCGGUUGCCCAUCUUCACAAAAGGGGUUUUCGCGGCGCGAUAAUCUGCUGCGACACUAUCGGAAUCACCACGAUGAUAAAACUGAAGCGGGAGAGGAAAACAACGAGCUUAGGAGGAGAUCAACGCGGCAAAAGGGCUGGUUAAGCAACGGCGGCUCCUCCGAAACGACGAAUUGAUAACGAGAACGCUAUUAGCGAACUCCUCAGAUCUCUACGGCUCAUUGCAGCGAGCACCGCUAAAUCAAUACCGACCGGCUACUUGCAUGACUGGCCGGAGGUAUAUCACGUAUCCAGAGGACUCCUGACGAAUCAAUGACCCUCAAUGCGAGGAUCCUCUCGGAGGCCCGAUCUGAGCUGCAAGGCCGUUCUGUAGCUCGCCGACAGAUCCGACACCUCCACGUCUGAUCCACAGUGUAUGACCUGUCCUACUCACUGUGGCUCUUGCUGAGCUCAUUGGGCCACUUCAGACGCGUCUCCCGCGUGAUGGAUGGAUCGAGAGGCAAGCCUCUAGUUCAAGAGCCAUGGAUGAGAGUCUCCUCUGCCGUCCCUAUUGAGCUUGUCAUGCCACUCCAAACAGCGCCACCUCGUGGGUAGUUCGAUCCGAAGAGCGUGUACCUGAUUCGCGAG